AUGUUUCCUUUCAAUACCUCAGAAGUUGAAAUCUCCACAUUUCUACUGAUUGGGAUCCCAGGGCUUGAGCAUGUACACAUUUGGAUCUCCAUUCCUAUCUGCCUCAUCUACCUCCUGGCUGCCCUGGGCAACUGCACCAUCCUAUUUGUCAUCAGGACAGAGUCUUCCUUGCAGGAACCCAGGUAUUAUUUCCUCUCCAUGCUGGCCCGAUCUGACCUGGGCCUGUCUUUCUCUUCACUUCCCACCAUGCUGAGAAUCUUCUUGUUCAAUGCCAUGGAGAUUUCUGCUGAUGCCUGUUUUGCCCAGGAGUUUUUCAUCCAUGGAUUCACAGACAUGGAGUCCUCUGUGCUCCUGAUCAUGUCCUUUGACCGUUUCAUAGCCAUUCACAGACCUCUGAGAUAUCGUUCUAUCCUUACCAGUUCCAGAAUUUGGCAAAUUGGGCUGGCAUUUGCUAUUAAAAACAUUCUCCUAGUUCUUCUUCUUCCUUUCACUUUAAAGAGACUCAACUACUGUAAUAAACGCCUGUUAUCACACUCCUACUGCCUCCACCAAGACAUUAUGAAACUGGCCUGCUCUGACAAUAGGGUUAACUUUUACUACGGUCUGUUUGUUGCACUGUGCAUGAUGUCAGACAGCGUGUUCAUUGCUGUUUCCUAUGUGUUUAUCCUGAAGACCGUUUUGGGUAUUGCAUCCCAUGGGCAGCGCCUUAAAGCUCUUAACACCUGUGUGUCCCACAUCUGUGCUGUGCUCAUCUUCUAUGUGCCCAUCAUCACCUUGGCUACCAUGCAUCGCUUUGCCAAGCAUAAGUCCCCUUGGGCUAUGAUUCUUAUAGCUGAUGCAUUCUUGCUUGUACCACCCUUGAUGAAUCCCAUUGUGUACUGUGUAAAAACUCAGGAGAUUAGAGUGAAGGUCUUGGAAAAACUGAGUCUGAAAUCUAAAUGA